AUGAGCUUGGCCGUGACGUUCAACGAAUCCCUUUCUCUCUCCAGAAGUCGGUCAUCGUCGUCUUCGAGUCAUAAUGUUGUACACUCUCAGACUCCCAUCCCCACAACAACCAACUCGACCGAUACGUCCAGUGCGAGUAGCAGUAGCAAUGUCCCGAGCUCAAGCUACAUAACGGUCACCGUUACUGAUCAUGACACGCCUCUGAUUUCAUCUACUUAUGUCCCCAACCCCCCAUCGUCCAAUGGCACAGACACAGGGGUAAUAGUAAGCGCAGUGCUUACCGUGGUGAUGGUUGGAGGGCUCCUUCUCGUUGCAUUUAUCUUCGUCAGAAGAGCGCGCAAGAAAGCGAUGUCUCAAAAGGAAGAUCUUCAAAUGGCAUACCCUGCAAAGCCAGUGUGGGAACCACAAACAUGGAGGAGAGAGGUAUACGCCACGAUGUCGGAUAAAAGCACUGUUAGCAGAAGUCCCUCAUAUGCAUCUACUGGGUUGGGUCACUAUAAAAAAUCACGGAUACAAACUCAACCGGUGAGGGAGAGGACGGACGUUUUUUCAUAG